CCUACUCAUACAAUUAGGGGCCGCCCACUCCCACUGACACUGUUAAUAGUGGAAAUCAAAAAAUGGCUGCAGUAGACGCGGCCAUCGGUGUUCAACAUGUUGCUCUUGGUCCAUUUCGCGCACGCAUUCAUUGUCCUUCCUUGCAUGAUAUUGAGCGCUCAAUAAAUCCUUAGGGCGCGCGUGGCUAAACGAAGCGACCAAACGCGGGUUGUCCAGAUCAACAUGAUUGGAGAUAAAGCUAGAAAGUUGUAAUCCAAGAUGGGCAACCAAGCGUUCCGCGACGGUCUUCUCGGGCCCUGCUUUGCAGGAGACUCCCGGAAGGAAGGCUCCCCGUUUGGCGCCACCUGUUGCGGUCCGGAGGCUGAACAGCUCGAGCGGGAGCGCCGAGAACUAGCAGAAGCCGUCGCAGAAAGCCGGAAGCAAAGCAAGUAUGAUAGAGCUUUCAGUGCAUCUUGUUUCACUCUAUGAUUGUAGCACAGUCACAUGACAAGUGAUAGUACAUUUAUUCUCUGGUGCAAAAAUUUGCAUUCCGAUUUCCGUCACUUGAUUCAUGAAAAGCAAAGUCCCCGCCUUUAUUUCAAUUUCAACAACAGGAAAGACGUCGCCACGAAACCCGGUUCUCCAAAAAGCAGCAAGAAGAGGAAGCUCGUUCGACGCCAACGCACGGGCGCACCGCCCAUCCACUCGUCGAAGCGAAAACUUGUCGGUGGUCGCGCAUCGGAAUCUUCGGACGCCUCUUCUCUCGACGAGGACGGAGAGGAUGCUGGAUACCCAAGCGCGAAACGAGUGAAAUCUUCCUCUAAAUCGAAGUCCCCGGCACAGCAGCGGAGUCAACGGGAUCUGCUUGCCCCUGGGGAGCAAGACGACUCCGGUGAUGACGAGUCUUUUCUUUUCACCCGGUUCGGCGUCCGACUGCACGUCUUCCUCGUGUUCUGUUUGCUGAUUUUGUGGAAGUAUUUGGACGAGUCUGCGCUCUUGACGGUCUUUUUCCUUUUCGUCGGUGUGGGCGGGUUCCGGUUCUAUGAGCGGCUGCUCGUGGUCCGUGUGAGGGUAGUGAAUUAUUUCCGGAGAUUCCGAUUGAAGAAGCAGUGGACGAAACUGAAAAAGAAAACGAAGAGUUUGCUCUUUCUACGCGGCGGAAAGAAGGGGGAUGGCAAGGAUAAGAAGGAUCUGAAGAAGGUGGGAGCCAAUAGCGGGUCAUUUUUUCGGGUACAGGAUUAAUUUCCUUUCCACUUCUCAUGAUGACCUUUGAAGGUCAAGGCCACUGCUACACUUGUGUUUUUUUUACACCCGUCCUUACAACAUCUAAAUCCAUAAACAACCCCAGUUCUCCACGUCCUCCAGCGGCACCACCCCCCAGCGCCGCCCAAGUGGGCAAUUCCACAAUGCCGAUUCUCUGUACGUCCGCAAGCGGAGCCUCGGCGAGACGGGCGCUUCUCCCGAGCGCCCCAGCGCGGCAACGUCCUCCCCGAGUAGCAGCGCGAAGUCGCAAAAGCCGCUGCAGAGCCAGCAGUCGAGUUCUUCAAGCCUUCUAUCGACGAAGAGAAGCCUGCUGCCCGCCCUGACCAUCACGGGCGCGGAUGAGGAAGUGGUGCGGUAUUCCGGGAUGAGCGCAGCAGGGGAUGAUGUUGAGCAGGUCGAAGACGUCCCGCCAUCUCUCAGCCGCGCGAAAAACUCUUCCAUCUCGUCUCUCGGUCACAUCUUCAACAACAAUAUUGGAGGCAGAAGUAUUGACACCAUCGCAGCUUCUCCUUCCUCCUCCCCUUCCGCGGCGGCUCUGAUAGACCGCCGUGUCAGCCGGAUGCCGUAUCUGAGGAAAGAGUCGUUCCUGGUUCGGCAUGGGCAGAAAUCGAUCCCGCCGGUCAUGAUGCCACCGAGUUCCCCCUCGAGCUCCCGCAUCGGGUCCGUUGUAGUAGAGCGAGAGCAGCGGGCGCCCACGCCGAGCAAAACGAGUGCCAGCGGUGGGGUGAUAAACAUGCUGUGGGAUUGGGUAUUUGACGAUACGAAGGGGAGCGGGCCGGGGGCUAUAAUCCCUUCGACCCCAAGCUCCUCGCGGUCGCGUUUGUCGAGAACGCCAACUUCUUCGCGGAGGAAGAAGAGAAGUCAGCGCAAAGAUUCGUCUGACAGCACGGAUAGCGAUGAGGACGCGACAAGUUCCUCUGGAGACGAGUCAGACUUGGAGUUUGAUACCACCUACGCUCGGAAGAAGCAGACGAAGAAAGGCGCCACAUCCGCACGCCAGCGGCGGCGCAGUUCUGCAGCGAGCAGCACGACUAAAGAUAAAGCUGCAAAAAUGAAUCCAACCAAAGCUGCGACGUUCCGACAAGAACGGCAACCAGACAAUUCCACCAGCAGCGCCACCUCCUCCUCCUCUUCGGCCGAUGAUGCGGACGGCGCGGGGGGUUCUCCGGGCAUCAUUGACAGGGACGACACAGUGUUUGAUCCGCUGAAGGCGUCCACGGCGAGGAGAGGGGUCCUCUUCGUUGAUGAGAAUGGGAAGGAAGUGGAAAAGAACUCAAGUACGAUUAUCCCGAUGCCCAGCCCGCACCUCCCGAUCGACGUGUGCGUCGUGAUGAAGAACUACGACUGGGGGUUGCGGUACAUCAUGAACUUCGACCCGAUUACGAAGUGCCUGGAUUUGGACCAGCCCCUGACCUUCCACUGGUUCGGCAUGAAGGAGCGGAUAUUCCAAAAGUUGCUCGUCACACCGAGGACAAAAGCUGCUGCGGAGGACGAAGAUGAUGACAAUGACGAUGAAACCGCAACGGCUGAUGUGGAUCAGCAAAUGGAUCAGCAGUCCUCCAGUUCUUCGAGUUCACAGUCCACACCGGCCUUGAAGAAAAGAAAAAGACAACUGGAUGCAGGUGGAGCUGCAGUGGCCACUGCGCGUCUCGGAGGAGUCCAGCCGGUGCAGAAAGAGAACAGCUACGAGGUCCGGGAAGACUGUGUCGUUGCCAGUCACGCAACCGACGUGCUGAAUUUGAACAAACAGGGGGUGCCCACGGACACUUUCAGUUACGACGCGGACCUGUUGGAUAACCAGUGCGCGCUGCAAGUAAGGCUAAACGUGAUCAAGGACCAGCAGGUGGUGUUUCUGGUGCCCUUAAGAGCGGGGAGAGAUCAGCCACAGUUCACGGAAGCGGAUUAUUUGUCAGGUAUGUUUAGUUGUGAAGUUGUUUCAUCUAGGGGGAGGUGACUGCUCGGGAGAUUCAGAAUUGAGCGUGAUGUGGGCUCGAGGUUGUAAGUACUUGUAGUACGACGUGCACAUGGUGCACUCUCGAUUUUGGUGCUGACACUGCAUGACAAACCUCACACUCACAAUUCCAAACCACUAAGGUCGCGUAAACCCACGGGUUUUGUACCUGGAAAAGGAGAAAGUUGGUUUUCCCUCAGAGUCGAUCUCGCACGUUUGGGUGGACUUGGAUUGGUACUUCGGGUUGCCCAAUAUUCUUUCGAUCAAGAUCAACAUGUACGCCAAUGCGCACCGCGUUUGGAGUAGUGAGGAAAGAAAGCGGUGAUGGAAAAUCAAAAUGGAAAGUGCCGCCGCGUCGCAUCGUGGCAUGGAGGAGAUGAGAAGUCGUGGAUCAGGUGGGGUAAUGAGUAUUGGCGUGGCUGUGCAAGAAACUACGCGACUCCGUCCAAAGUCAUCGUGAAAGCAUUUCACCUGAACGAACCUCGAUCCGGUUUCUAGAGGCAGGGGCAGUAAUAUGUAGGAUAAUUUUACGAGAUCGAGGCGGAGAUUGCUCUUUGUGAGGUCUGACGUCCUCGAAUGUCAUGGCUACUUGGCUUUCUGUAAGAUUUGAAAACGGACAAACGCUAGAAAAGAGAAAUGUACGCCAUCAAUUGUGAAAAAU